AUGGCGCCAUUGAACUUGAUAACCAGCGUCCUCCUACCGGCCAAUCUGCCCACCCUGUCCUCACUCGCAAUAGCAACACUCCUCGUUGCGCCUCUGGCAUGGGUGAUAUAUACGCGCUUCUUCCAUCCUCUUGCGAAGUUCCCAGGCCCAUUCGCCGCCUCCGUGACAAGAUGGUGGUACGUCCGCGAAGUCGGCAAGGGCAACUUUGACAAGACCCACCGCAAGCUGCAUGCGCGCUACGGCCCUAUCGUCCGCAUCGCCCCCAACGAAGUAACCAUUAGCGACGCCUCCGCCGUCCAGACUAUCUACGGCAUCAAGUCGAAAUUCACCAAGACAGACUGGUACGAUGUCUGGCGAGGACCGAACCGCGGGACGAAGCAUUUCGACCAGUUCACUGAUCGGGAUGAAAAGCAUCAUGCCGCUCGCCGGAGACUGUUGAGCAAUAUGUACUCCAUGACGUCCGUGCUGGAGAGCGAGCCGUAUAUCGAUGACUGCUCUGAGGUGCUAAUGCGGAAGCUGAGCGCUUUGGCGGAGCGAGGCGUGUCCAUUGAUCUAGGGAAGUGGCUGCAGAUGUACGCUUUUGACGUGAUCGGUGAGCUGUACUUUGGUUCGGCAUUCGGCUUUCUCGAAGCUGGAGACGAUCCUGAUGGCUGGAUCGAGACGCUUGAUGAAUCCAUGCCAGCAAGGCUUGACGUGGCGAACAUGUCGACAAUGUGGCGGAGGCCGUAUGACUUCUUGAAAUCGUUGCGGAUGGCUCACUCCGAUGGAGCGAAGCGCUUCGCUGAUAUGGCGGCGUGGGUGGACGACCGGGUCAAUGAGCGACAUCGGCUGCUGGGGGCAGGCGAUCUCGCCAGUAAUGUCAACACCAGCCGGAAGGAUAUGCUGGCGAAGCUGUUUGAGCUCCGGGAUACGAAAGGCGAGAAAGAGGACUUCAACACAGCUGACGUGCAGCAGGAAGGCUGGGUUGGCACGUCUGCUGGUAGUGAUACCACGGCGAUCGCGAUGCGAGCGAUCGUGCACCAGUUGCUGACGCAUCCAGAAGCACUGCGUCGUGUUCGAGCGGAGCUUGAGUCUGCUAUGGUGAACGGCGGGCUGUCUUUGCCUGUCAAGUUCUCUGAGGCUCAGCAGAACUUGCCCUUCUUCUGCGCAUGCAUCAAGGAGGCCAUGCGGCUGCAUCCUUCCGUCGGAUUGACCAUGCCCCGACUGGUCCCUGCUGGUGGAAGUGAGGUUGCCGGACAAUUCUUCCCGGAGGGCACCACAGUCGGAAUCAAUCCUGCCGUCCUUCAUUACGACCCAUCAAUUUUCGGCAGCGAUGCGGCUGAGUUCAACCCGGAUCGCUGGCUUAGCCCGAACGCUUCAGGCAUGGAUCGUUUCCUGCUGACAUUUGGUGGUGGCACAAGGACUUGUAUCGGCAAGAACAUCUCGCUCGCCGAAGUCCACAAAAUGCUACCCACCCUCUUCAUGACCUUUGACAUGGAGCUGACGCAUGAGCGGCCGUGGGAGAGCCAUGACUUCUGGUUCAACAAGCAGACCGGGCUGGAUGUGAAGCUGUCGAAGAGGACUGUCAUGCCCUCUCCACCCGUGUUCGGCCGGUAG